CUUCUGUCUGGCUUGACUCCAACUGUCCUCAGCAGGACGUGGAGCGCUCUGCUGUACUUUUCCCCACUCAAUGGACACUCUCUUUGUUGCUGUGUGCAUUUAUUAGUACGGCACACAGGUUUUAUGGCUCCCAAAGUUUAUUUUCUCAGAAGUUAGCAUCCGGUGGAUGUGAACCGGCUGAUAACCUCCCCGGUUUUUGAACGCUGCGGGCGAAUGGAGACGGAUUUAAUUAGUUCUUUUUUUUUUUCCUAAAGGAAAAUAAGAACAGAAGAUGAGCUUCGCUGCGAACUUUAAACCAUGAAGGGUUCUUUACAAGACGAGACAAGGGGGGGAAGAGAUGCUCGGCUAGAACAAUACGAAGCAUAAAGACCUCAAGGAUCAGUUACAGCCAUAAACCUUGUGGCGCUCCUGCCUUCACUUAUUGUAUCUGUAUUUAAUCGGAAACAGAUUGCUUGGCUUCGCCCGGCUGUCUCCUGGAGGACGUCCCCGAUGCAUUCUCUUGCCCCCUCUCAACAUGCUGGCUCUGAGGCUGCAGCAGGGCAGGCGAGGGGUUGGUGAAGCCGAUCCACUGCAGAAAGGGGACGCUGUGGCUCGGCAGGGCGGCCUGUCAGGGAGGCCCCCCCCUCCUCACGAGCAGUGCGCCGGCAUCAGGGAGAAGAUCUCCCAGUGGGAAGGUCGCAGUCAGCAGGGCGGCUGCCAGGAUGCCGGGGCGAAGGCACAUCCUCCAACCGUGUCCCGAACUCUGUCCGGAGACGAACUGGGCAACGGAUGUUUCGCUGACAAAUCAAAAGGGGGACCUCUCCUCUCAAAAUCUCUAACCCUGGGCUUAGAUUUCCGAGCAUCCCCGGCACGCGCCGGACAUGGUGCGGCCGGUAGGAAGUCGGAACCCCUGCAGAAGUGCUCGACCGAGUUCUCCGCCGCGACGCCGGGAAUCAGGCCACUCGCGGCACAAUUGUUAGCGUCUCCCAGUGUGCCGGCCGACCCCGCUCGACGGAUCUUCACCGCCAACAGCGACCAAAAAAAGGAUCGCCUCCCGGAGGUUGAAGUAGUUUCUAAACAUCUACCUCCAUUGACCGGUGACCAAGAGGACGACAUGCCUGCUGGAAACUUCUACACGUCACGGGGCUUCUGGCGUAAGCUGGAGGGCGACCGGCUGCUGUGGGAGAAAGGCCGCUGGUCUUCGGGCGCAGCUCAGCCUCCCCCCAAGCCCGUGCGGACGUUCCAGUAUCGGGGAGGCGACGCGGCGUGGCGGGACAGCGGAUCGCCUCAUAACAACCAGUCCAACGCCAGGAGCAGGAGGGUAGCCCACCCACCCAGCUUCCCUCCGCCGGCGUGUCCCGUGGCAAAGACUAACGGGCUGUCCAGGCAUGCAAAGAACAGGAAGUCCUUUGAGUACGAGGAUGCGGAGCGCCUGACGGCGAAGCCGGGCACGCUGAGAGGAGAGGACCGACACUCGGCCCUUUACAACGCCUUCUCCAACGACAAUAUUUACGAGGACAUUGUUUGUGAAGGGACCAGCGAUGAGCCCUAUGAGAAUGUCAAGCUACGUCCCAUGUGUCUCCCCAUCGGAAGUCCCCACGGCCCAAAGCUGCCUCCUAAACCCCAAACGCUGCAAGGCCACGUGAAAAAGGUGGAGAGGAAGAGGUUUCAAACAUCCACACCAUCCAAAUCUUCCACACUCGCAGACGUUCCCAAACCAGCGGCACCGCGGCGCGCCAGCGGCCCACUAACGCUGCGGACGCCUCAGUACGUCAACAAGAUCGAGACCAUCUUUGAUGACAAGAGAGGGAGGAAGAGAGUGAAGAACCAGGGAGUCUCUGUGCGAGAGGAGACGAGUGGGACAGAGAGUGACCCCGAGGACAACGCCAAAGCAGGCUCCAGGAGAUCGGUUUACAUCCAGUCGACGCUGAAACGUCGGCCAGGUUACCGCACCCUGGAGAGGGACCUGAUCCAGCUGCAGCAGCAGAAACAGCAGCUCUUCCAGAUCUUCGUGGUGGUGUCGCUAAGAAAAGGCUCCUCGGGAAACACCUACUCCCCCGAGAUCACGCAGCAGUUCCCCAAACUGUUUGAGAAGUCGUCCCGAGUCUCCAAAGAGGCAGAAGAUCAGCUGAAGGUCAUUCCCAAGUUCUGCUUCCCCGACGCCCAGGACUGGAAGCCCUCUGCACACAUGCCAAGUGAGACCUUCUCCUUCGUCCUGACCAGCGAGGACGGCAGUCGCUGGUUCUGUUACUGCUGUAAGAUCUUGCCUGUUGGAAAAGGGAAGAGGCUCCCGGAGGUGCACUGUAUUGUCAGCAAACUGGGCUGUUUCAACCUCUUUGCAAAGAUUCUGGAGGAGGUGGAGAAGCGCAGGGAAAUUUCCCCAGCGCUGGUUUACCCUUUUAUGCGUAGCGUGAUGGAGGCCCCUUUCCCCGCCCCCGGACGCACAGUCACCAUUAAGAGCUUCCUCCCUGGCUCUGGGAAUGAGGUCCUGACUUUGUGUCGACCAGUAGACUCCCGGCUGGAGCACGUGGACUUUGACAGCCUGCUGCAGUGUCUCAGCGUGGGGAAUCUCCUGCAGGUGUUUGCCUCCCUUUUGCUUGAGAGGCGGGUCAUCUUCAUCGCUGACAAACUGAGUGUGUUGUCUCGGUGCAGCCAUGCAGUGCUGGCGCUGCUGUACCCCUUCACCUGGCAGCACACCUUUGUGCCCGUGCUCCCGGCCAGCAUGCUGGACAUCAGCUGCUCCCCCACACCCUUCCUCAUCGGGGUGCUGGCGCCGUGCCUGCCAGAGCUGCUGGAGCUGCCCAUCGAGGAGGUGCUCAUAGUGGAUCUGUGUGCAGACAAGUUUGUCGUUCAGCUGGGCGAUGAAGACUGCAUCCUGCCCAGUAAGCUGCAGGCAGCGCUGCAGCAGAUCCUGGAGGAGCGGGAGGAUAUCCUGGCACAGGAGGACAGAGGUGGAGAUCAGCAGGUGGACCUGAGCGCUCUGGUGUCGGAGGGGUUUGUGCGCUUCUUCGUGGAGCUGGUGGGCCACUAUCCCCUCCACAUGGUCGAGUCCUCCAACGGGAGCAGAGAGGUCCAGCGAGACGGCUUCCGCAAAUCUCACCCCUCCCGCGGAGUCCGUCAGUUCCUGCAGCUCUUCAUGGACACUCAGAUGUUUGCGGGCUUCAUUCAGGACAAAGAGCUGCGCAAGGGAGGAGCCAGAGGUCUCUUUGAGGCCCGGGUGGCCGAGCAUCUGGAUUCUUACCCUGAGCCGGAGCCAAGUGGCGUGAACAAAUUUCUGAAAGGACUGGGAAACAAGAUAAAGUCCCUCCAAUUGAAAUGACGACGGACUCGGUGAGGAAUUGAAUGUGGACGAGAGUCUCAGCGGGUCUCAACGGGCCAGUAGGGACCAGGUUUAUCUUCCAGCGUCCACGAGUACUUUUCAUCGGAUAGCAACUGGAAAGGCUCUUUCUCUUCUGGAAAUGUUUAAUGAAACCGCGAGGACACAAACUACAGAAAACAUUCCGGCUACUUAACCUCAGCCCGAACAUGCGUGGUGGGAACUUCUUUUUUUCUUCCUUCCUCACUGGAACUAAUUAUUUACAUAGAUUCCUCUCUUUUCCAAAUAGUGCAUUUUACUGUGAAUGCAACAAGUAAAUGUUGUUCAAUCUUGAAAGUACUUUACAACUGAAAUGAAUCAGUUCGUUUCCACUCUGAUGAUUUUAUACAUUUUAAUGUGUUUCCAUCAUCUACUCUCCAUUCCCUUCAGCACAAACUGCACAGCAGGCUUUUGUUUACUAGAGGGGUUUUUAUUUGUCAACUCUUAUUUCAAAGUGUCCGGGUUAAAUCUCAUCAAUCCGAAUGAGAAUUAACAUUUACAUACAGAAAUCAGUACGUUUUUCUUCUUUCAUUGACAUUCUCCCUCUUUAACUGGAGUUGUAAAUAUGUGUUUGUUUGUUUUUGUUUUUAAAUUUUCACAAUGUUGAGAAACAGUGUACAGUAUUUUGAAUAUUUUUGUAUAAAAGCGUGAUGUGUCCUAAAUGCAAUAAAUGGGUUUCCAAGGACAGCA